AUGGAAACAGCCACCGUCAAGCUCACCGCGCCGCUCCCUGAGCUCCCUGACAUCAGGGAUGACGAGAGCUUCAGCGACGUUGCUCGCAAGCUGUCGUAUUACAUCAUUGAGGCCGUCGACUCGCCCCUGGGCUGGGAAGAUCUCCGCAGCAGCAAGCACAUGAAGAGGCUGCAGCCUCUCAUCAACAAGCUUUCCAACGAGGUUCACCAUGAGGCGAUUGUUGCUGCUCUGCUUGCUCUGAAGGGUCAUUUCCGUGCCAUUGAGAGCGACGAUGACCGUGGCAUCAACGAGUCGCGCGGUCUUGCGUGCGAAGUUGUAGCCUGGCAGUUUGUGCUGACCUUGUCAGAGAGGGAGGCGCUUGACUACCUUCUGUUUGAGCUUCCGAAGCAUGGUGACAAGCAUGAUGAUUCGGACGACGAGGAAUCACGUGCUGCGACGCGCGGACGCGCCAAUGGCAACGGUCGGCAAUCUCACGGAGAGCCGACCGAGAGGACUGGGCUCCUGUCAGACCACCGCACUGCCGGCCAUGGCACUGCCAACGGCAACGGCAACGGCCACAGCAAUGCCAACGGCAACGGCAACAGCGCUCGUCGCUCUAAGUCGAGGGAUUCCUCUCGCUCCACCAACCACCACAUCCCUGGCGACGAGUACGAAGCCACUGGUGGGGAAGGUUUUGCCGAACCUUUCUUGAACCUCAACACUCUUGAGAUUGCUGCCGUUGCCGGCGCCAAGAAGUUCCUCAGUCAAAGAUGCAUCCAAGACAUCAUCAAUGGAAUCUGGAACGGUGAAAUCGUCUUCUGGGAGAACCUCACGGUCGGCGCCGUUAAGAAGCCCAAGUACUACAACAAACACUUGGGCGACCCGUGGUGCCGUCUGCGUGUGCCGCGGUACAUGAAGACUUUCGAGAUUUUCUUCUUCUUGUGCUUCCUGGGGCUCUUUUACAUCGUGUCUAUCCAACGUGAUAUGGAGAACAUCACGGUCACCGAGGUCAUCUUCUAUCUCUUCAUUGCCGGCUUCGCCUUCGACGAAUGGAACGAGUUCCAGGAGGCGGGUGUCCACUUCUACUCAACUGACAUCUGGAGUCUUUGGGACAUUGGAAUCAUCAUCAUCGGCCUCGUUUUCUUCAUUACCAGAAUGAUUGGUUUGGCACACGACGACAAGCAGUUGCUGGAGAUUUCGUUCAGCAUUCUUGCACUUCACUCGCUCUUCUUGACUCCGCGUAUUUUCUCGCUGCUCAGCCUGAACCCAUACUACGGAACCCUGCUUCCUUGUCUUAAGGAGAUGGGCAAACAAAUUAUCAAGUUUUUGGGCUUCGUACUCAUCAUCUAUCUUGGCUUUUUCACCACCUUUGCGUUGCUUGCGCGUGGCCAUGUCGCUCUGCGCGAUACUUCGAUCACGGUGCUGAAGGUCUUUUUUGGUGGCGGAGUUAUCGGAUUCGACAUCGCUCCAAGAAUAUCUCCAUAUCUCGGUCUCCCCGUCAUGAUUGUCUUCGUCUGCAUGACCAAUCAGCUUCUGAUCACGUCGAUGAUGGCAUAUGUCAACACCAGUCUGCGGCAGGUGCUGGACUCAUCGCGUGAAGAAUAUCUCUAUGUGUACUCGAUCUACGUGCUCGAAGCCUCCACUUCGAACAAGCUAGCCUACUUUUUCCCGCCAUUCAACCUCGUGCCCGUGGUGCUCUUCCGACCAAUCCUGAUGGUCCUGCCUGCGCGCGCUGCCCGCGGGGCGCGUAUCGUGUUGCUCAAGGCGACUCAUGCGCCCUUUGUUGGCAUCAUCUGGGCAUAUGAGAACUGGCAGGACUACGUCUGGAAGAAGAACGUUGCGCGGCGCGGGACCAUGGGCAUCGAAACCAUGGGCGGCAGACAGGCGCCUGCGACUAACGGCGGGCUGCCGUCGCGUCCGAUCAAGACAGGCAUGUCGGGCAAGGCGACGGCAGUGCCGGCGUCGCUUGUGCAGGCAUCCAGACGCAACGCGCGAGCUGUGCGCCCGGAGCUGAGCGGCGGCGUCGUGCGCGCCGGCACGGUCGCCCCGGCCCCUGCCGACGCCAGCGCUGGCGAGACGAUGCGGCUGCUCAAGGAGCUUUCGGCGCAGGUGGAGGAGCUGCGGGCGACGGUGGUCAAGCAGCAGGGGGGCGGGCAGCAGUAG